AUGGCCGCAGAUCGUCUUAGCUCGCUUCUGAGCCACCUCAAGCCCGGCUCCAGCAGCGGCCUCAACGCGAUCACCCAGAAGAACCCCGAUGAUGUGGUGAUCACCGCAUGCUUGCGCACACCGCUGACCAAGGCGCGCAAGGGCGGCUUCAAGGAUACCGAGCUGGACUACAUUGUGUACGCACUGCUGAAGGAGACAUUGGCCAAGUCCAAGAUCGACCCUGCACUGAUCGAGGAUGUGUGCCUGGGCAAUGUUGGUGAAUCCAAGGCCGCUUACAUGGUCCGCGCCGCCUCCCUGGCCGCCGGAAUUCCCCACACAUCUGGCGCCUCCAGCGUAAACCGCUUCUGCGCUUCGGGUCUGAAGGCUGUGCAGGACAUCGCCAAUCAGAUUCAGCUUGGCGCCAUCGAUGUCGGUAUCGCCAUGGGCGCAGAGCUGAUGUCUGCUGCUGGCGACCGACUCGAGCGACCCUUCAACGAGGAGGUUCUCCGCAACCAGGAGGCUGCAGACUGCAUGCAGCCCAUGGGUCAGACCUCCGAGAAUGUUGGUAAGGACUUUGGUAUCUCGCGUGAGCAGCAGGAUCGCUACGCUGCGGAGUCUUUCCAGCGUGCGGAGGCAGCGCAGAAGGCCGGUUUGUUUGAUGAUGAGAUUGCUCCCAUCUCGGUCAAGGUUAAGGAUCCUAAGACUGGAGAGGUCAAGCAGAUUACCUUGACUAUGGAUGAGGGUAUCCGACCUGGAACUACAUUCGAGUCUUUGUCGAAGAUUCGGCCUGCAUUCCCCCAGUUUGGCGACAAGUCGACUGGUGGUAACUCGAGUCAGGUUACUGAUGGCGCUGCUUCUGUUUUGUUGAUGCGCCGUUCUAAGGCUAUUGAGCUCAACCAGCCUAUUCUUGCUAAGUUCUGUGGUGCCACCGUCGCUGGUGUGCCUCCUCGUGUGAUGGGUAUUGGACCCACUGCUGCCAUUCCUAAGCUGCUGAGCAAGUUCCAGCUGGACAAGAAUGACAUCGACAUCUACGAGAUCAAUGAGGCUUUUGCCUCAAUGGCUGUCUACUGUGUGCAGAACCUUGGUCUUGACCAUGCCAAGGUGAACCCCCGUGGUGGUGCUAUUGCUCUUGGACACCCACUGGGUGCCACUGGCGCGCGCCAAGUCGCUACUAUCCUGAGUGAGGCGCGCCGGACCAAGAAGAAGAUCUUGGUUACUAGCAUGUGCAUUGGUACUGGUCAGGGUAUGGCUGGUCUGUUUGUUAAUGAGCAAGUGUAA